AUGACCACCAAUGGCCGCAGUGGCAAGGGGGAGGACGAGAUGUUUCUCUCCUCGCCCUCCGACCGCCAACCCCCGACCGUUUCUCCCUUGCGAAUCGUCAAAAGAGACUCCCCUUCGCCGUCAAGAGCCACGGGCCCUGGGCAGCGGGCUGCGUCAAACCCGACAAGCCGUACGCAGUCCGUCUCUCCUCUUCCAUACCCAGACGAUCGGUCUCGUCCCCAAGCAAUGCGCACCCAAAAUCCCUCAGCGACGCGGCCGCCCUAUCCUGAUAAUAGACCGCCGUCGACUCAUUCGACGGAACAUAGCUCACCAGCAUCACCUAGUCCGGGUGGCGGCCAGAUUCCCGACUCAUUACGGCCUCGGCAGGAUUCCAAGCAGUCCCAGCCAACGUUGGCGGAGAGGAGAGGUGCUGUUCCAAAAGCGCUUCCAGAAUCGCCCAACCCUGAGCCCCCGGACCGGGACGGUCUCUUCCAGCGACCGCCCCAGCGCGAGGCGGCAUCCGCGGAAGCGCCUGAGUCGCAACGCAAGGGCUCAGGCAGUGUGAACCCGUUUCCCGCGUUCCAUCAGCAAUAUUGGCCGUCGACGAGCAAUUCAACCCUACAGCCUGAACACAACGCAUCAAUUAAUCGUUUAAGCUCGACAGCAUCUACGUCUACAACGAAAGCUCAGCGCGGGUCUCCUCCUCCUCCUGAGACCCCCAUUAUACCGCCUGGCCAGCCGCCCGCAUCUGAUAUCGAAGCCCGGUAUGCAGCUUCUGGAAUCGCGGGGACUUCUACCUUGAAUAACUUGAACGCGCAUAACUUUGCAGCUCAACAGCGGGCGAAUCAGUAUUCUGCACAACAGCCUAAUAGAUACCCAACCCCUAGCCAGGCACAUGCCCAACCGCAGCCACAAUCCCAAUCCCAUCCACGGCCUUGGACUCCAACAGAGCAACCAGGUAGCCAGCCGCAUGGCCCGCCACAAGUGUAUCAAGGCUCAACUGUCGUGGGCGCAACGGGAGGUGUACAGGCUCCUGGUGGGAUGCAUCCUCAGCAAUUACCUCAACAGGCCCCUCACCAACCCCAGCAACCAACCCAGCGACCGCCCAUAGGGAAUCAAAUGCAGCCUGCCAACCCGCCUCCCACUGGUCUUGAAGAUGACUUCCAACGAUUGAACAUGACUGCGUCUCCGCCUCCAGCAUAUUCCAGCCUUGCCGGAAUCACUCCUCAAGGGUACCCGCAAGAAAAGCCUGGUGCUGGCCAGACAGGACAGCAGGCACCUGGCACAAUUUUACCAGGCGGUGGAGGUGUCCCUGUCACCUCCCAGCCUUUAGCCCAGGGCCAUCCUGCAUUCGCCAAUGACCCACGACAGCAAAUCUCGGGUACGCCGGUUCAACAGCCUCCACAGGGUGAGCUCCAGUCCCACCCGGCACCGGUCCCAACUCCAGGUCCAGCGUCACCUCCGCCGCUGCCGGAAGGCUGGAUAGCUCACUUAGAUCCGAAUUCUGGCCAAUAUUAUUAUAUUCACUUGGCGACGCAGUCCACGCAAUGGGAAUUUCCCAAAGGCCCGACGCCCUUGAACCUUAACGAUACGCCCAUCUCCCCUUCACAGGCUAAUUUCGGUAAUCAUGGUCUAUCGUCACCAGGCCUGUCUACAUUCGGAAAACCGAUGCCGUCCCCUGCGUUUUCUGCUUUUGGCCACCCGUUGCCUUCACCUGGAAUGCCAAUGAGCCCUGGAUAUGAACCUAGCGUGAUGAGCUUUAAUAGUGGCUAUACCGGUCCUCCGCCAACAAAUGGGAUAGACCUCUACAAAGUUACGCCAACGAAUGGCGUCUACUUUGGGCCCUAUCUACGUUACAAGAACAUGGACAUGGAGCGGGGAUUGUGGCUAGGUUCCAUUCUCUUGGUCACCGAUGGUGCGCAGCCGCCAACGAUCCACAUCCACAAAAGCAUUGAUCUUUCUCCAAACCCUCGACAGUUGUCACCGGUAAGCAUCGCAGCACAUCAGCGAUGGACGUUUUAUAGAUACGACAUCGAUUUACAAAUGGAGGAUGCUGCUCCUGCAAAGUGGACAUAUGCCAUUACCUCACACCUGGGGUGCACGCGUUACGAGUUCCUCGUCGCUGGCCGGCAUGAAACGAAUUGGCGCUUCAUUGCGACCUCGGGCAAUGAUUUCUCCAUCAGUGUGAACGCCAACGAACGAGCCAAAGUUGGCGGUGUUGGGUACAUGUGGAAAGAUAUCAUGCAAAAGCAUGUUGAAUGCGGAGGCUUCCAUGCUCAGUUGGGAUUGGGCGGUCAAAUAAACGCCGAUCGCCUGUGGAAAGAACUUCCAUCGCUUAAACAAUGGCUGGCCAUUAGCGGAAAGGAAGCUAGAAAGGCUGCGGCAUGGACAGCUGCACUGGAAGAGGACGUUACUCACGCUUACUUCCAUUAUUAUACGAGCCAUUUUGACCAACCACACUUGCGGGAAGCAUUCGCCCAAAUUCCCCACGUCCUGCAAGUGGAUGACCACGAUAUAUUUGAUGGAUUUGGCUCCUACCCUGACUAUAUGCAGUUCUCGAACAUGUUCAAAAACAUUGGAAGAAUUGGCAUCGAAAUGUACUUACUUUUCCAGCAUCACACCACAGUAGAGGUCCUAAGGCACGUCAGCGACGACAGUGAUCUCUUCACAAUCACCGGAACCGGGUGGCAUUUUGUUAAAUACCUAGGCCCUGCGAUUGCUGUUGUUGGUAUUGACUGUCGGUCCGAGAGAAAUCCGCACCAAGUAAUGGCUGGGCCUACAUAUCAGGGUGUUUUCCCCAAGGUUGCGAUGCUUCCCCCAAGCGUUCAACAUUGUCUCUGGAUGGUUUCGGUGCCUAUUAUCUACCCCCGCCUAGAAACCGCGGAGCAUUUGGCGCAAACGGUUGCGACUGGCAAGAAAGCCGUUACAGGCGCAUACAAUAUGCUUGGAAAGGUGACAAGCUCUGUUGCGGGCGUUGUAGGCGCCAAGGGAGCUGUUGGCUCCGGUUUCAAUUCGGUAAAAAGGGCCGUGGGAAAGUCCGGCCUAAUGGGUGGUGUUUUGAAUCCAUUUGGAGAUAUAGACCUUCUUGAUGAGUUGAGGGACCAGUGGACGCACGAAUCAAAGGAUCUCGAGAGGACAUAUCUUAUCCGUACACUCCAAGGUAUUGCUCAUCAACGCAAUAUCCGCAUGACAUUCCUUUCUGGCUCCGUCAAUUGUUGUGGUGCCGGCCUCGUCCAUGAUCCUUCCCAUCCCACGGACCACAAAACCAUGUAUCAAAUCAUCUCAUCCUCCGUUGUCAACGCUCCCCCGCCCUCCUACAUUCUUAAGAUGCUACACGGAAAUAGCAAACCACUAUAUAUCCCGCUGAACGGCCACAGAUCCACCCCAUCGCAGCCUACCGACACGAAGGAAGAUAUGGUGGAACUUUUCCAAACGGACGUUGCUGGCCAACAACGCGAGCAGCGCAAACUAAUGGGGCGAAGGAACUACGUUGCAAUCGUUGGGUAUGAUCCCGAUUCUGUGAAUGCGGUGUAUACCGGCAAUCCUCAACAGCAAGCUGGAAAUGCCGGGUGUGCGAUCCCGAAACUGAGCCUUGCAGUGGACUUCCUCGUACAGGGAGAGGGGGCAUUUGGGAAUGUAAUCAAGUACGGUCCUGUCAUUGUUCCGAGUUUGGAGCUUGGAAGAUAG